UUCAUAGUUUUCAAGGUGGAGACAUUGUUGUCACUGAAACAUUGACUGGUUUGUGUUGUCAGGACGUUCUCUCAGCAGAUGAUCGUUGGUGUCAGCUGAAACCUGCUCAGUUUGCUCUUUUUGGAGAACCGGAAAUGCAACAAUUGGCAAUGAAUCUAUUCCCAGUGCUGCUGGUUAUUUGUCUUCCAAAAUGGAGCCAUGGUAAACACUUGCUUCGUUUUCUGACCUUCUGUCAAAGGAAUGUGUCAAGUGACGGCCAGUAUGAUAUUGAAUUUGACGGCGAUCAGCUCCUCUAUGUUGACCCAGUCACCUUUCAGACAGUUCAGCGUCUGCCAGAGUUUGCAGAGCAGUGGAUUCCUGAUCCUGAACUACCCCAAGACGCAUUCUUGUCCUUGGGUACCUGCAAGUACAACAUCCCACGAGCCAUAAAGGGAGAAAAUCAUCCUCCAGAGGCCAUAGCCAGUCCCACUUCCGUCAUCUACCCCAAGGAGGAGAUGGAACUGGAGGUCCCCAACACCUUCAUCUGCUUUGUCAACGACUUCCAUCCGCCUACAGUCACCAUCACCUGGACCAGGAAUGGCCAGCUGGUAGACCAGAGUCAGGUCAGUCAGACUCAGUACUACUCCAACAGAGACUUCAGCUUCUGCACCUACUCCUACCUGGACUUCACUCCGCAGGAGAACGACAUCUACUCCUGCAGCGUGGACCAUAUCAGCCUGCGGGAGCCUCUCACCAAGUUCUGGGAGGUUGAAGUACCCAAAAACCAGCAGGUUGUAGAGACAGCCGUGUGUGUUGCUGGUGUGAUCCUGGGCCUGAGUGGAGUUGUCACAGGACUGUGGUUCAUCAUGAAAGCCAACAAGUCCUGCCAGGCGUAACAUGUAUUCAUUUCGAUGUCAGAUGUGUGAUCACGUUAUCUUUUUCCCCAUGUGUUUUUCCUCUAGUUGUAAGGUGGAGUAAAAUGUAUUUUUACCAUAGCUUUAUUUUUUUUAUUUUUUUACACAUGCACAACAACACUGAAUGAAAACCUGAGCUAAAACCACAUCAGUUAAAGCUAUAGUUUGACAUUUUGGCAAAUGCACUUUUUUGCUUUGUGGCAAAGAUUUAGAUGAGAAGAGCCAUUACACUCUCCUGUCUGUAUUCUAAUAAUAUAAAGCUACAGCCAUGAGAUUUUUAGCUUAGCUUAGCUCAAAGACUGGAAACAACUAGCCUGACUCUGUCCAACGGCAACAAAGUCCACCUACCAACACCUCUAAAGCUCACUAAUUAGAAAGAAAUAUUCCAGCAAAUAACCCGCUAUAAAACGGAAUAUUGUUUUUUUUUACGCUUUAGUUUUUAUUUGAAUUAAACAAACAAAUAUAACAAGUUCAUUUUUGAGCUUAGAGGUGCAGGUGCACUAUUCCCUUAAGAAUUUGAGGGCUCAUUAGUUUAGGCACCUGUUUCUAUUUCUAAAUUUGCUUGAAAAAAUGUAUGCAGUGUCAAAAUGAUCGACUUAGCACAGAUAGUCUAACACGAUUCUUUCACUGUACAGAAGAGUGCAUUUUAUUUUUUAAUAAUAUAAUAAAAUCCAUGUUUUGCCAUAUUGUGGCCCAGUUUCAGGUUUGCUGCUUAUUGUGUUUGUCGUGUACAAAUAAAGCACAUGAAGGGAAGUUGAAAUCUUCUGUUCCUGUUUGUUCUACAGCGUGUCAAAGUACAUGCAAACCACAUUAAAAUGAACAGUUC